AUGUUGUCAUUUCUCAUUACAAUAUCAGCUCUCAUUCUCUUCAUCGUAUCCCUCCUUUCCAAAUUUAGAACUUCUCCUUCGAAAACUCUACGCCCUUUACCACCUGGACCUCCAGGACUUCCUAUAAUAGGAAACCUACACCAACUUGAUAGCACUUCCGACCUCCCGGAUUACCUAUGGCGUCUUUCAAGACAUUACGGUCCUUUAAUGUCUUUACGCCUUGGUUUCGUCCAAACCUUAGUUGUUUCGUCAGCCGAAAUGGCUAAAGAAGUUUUAAAAACCAAAGAUUCAAUCUUUUGUAAUAGGCCUUCUUUAACUGGCCAAAAAACAUUAUCUUAUAAUAACAAAGAUAUAGCUUUUUCACCCUAUAGUGACUAUUGGAGGCAAAUGAGAAAGACUUGCACACUACACUUAUUUUCCAUUAAACAAGUGAAUUCUUUUCGUUAUGUCCGUGAAGAAGAAGUGUUUGAAAUGAUCAAUACGAUAAAAACUAGGCUUUCGACGAAAAAAAUAGUUAAUUUGAGUGAAAUUGUGAUGAUUCUUACAAGUAAUAUUAUUUCUAGAGUGGCUUUUGGGAAGAGACAAUCUUCAUACGAUGACGAACAAGAGGAAGUUUCGCGGUUUCAUGAGCUUUUGUUAGAAUGUCAAGCUUUGCUUGUGAACUUUUAUUAUAGAGAUCAUUUUCCUUUGAUGGGGUGGCUUGAUAAACUCAAUGGAAGUAUUGCUAGACUUGAAAAGGCUUUCAAUAAUAUGGAUGAGAUAUAUGAACAACUUAUUGAUGAACAUUUGAAUCGAAGUAGAUCAAAUAAAAUGCCGAAUAAUAUGGUUGAUACGUUGCUAGAACUCAAGCAAGAUUAUUCAGAUUCUUCAGUAGAUCUCACUUUUGACCACAUAAAAGCCGUACUCAUGAACAUCUUGUUGGGGGGAACAGAAACAAGUGCUUCAACAGUUAUAUGGGCAAUGACUUUGCUAAUGAAGAACCCCGAAUCAUUAAAGAAAGUUCAACAAGAAGUGAGGAAUGUGAUCGGUAACAAAGGAAAAGUACACGAAGACGAUCUAUAUAAACUCACUUAUCUAAAAGCAGUGAUCAAAGAAACGCUUAGAUUGUAUCCGGUUGCACCACUUUUAGUUGCACACGAGUCGAGAGAAAGAUGUGUUUUAGACCGAUAUGAAAUACCCAAGAAGACUCUAGUGUACGUGAACGUGUGGGCUGUAGGACGAGACCCUAAAUAUUGGGAAAAACCAGAAGAGUUCAACCCGGAUAGGUUUAUAGGUAGUAAUAUUGACUACAAAGGGUCAUAUUUUGAGUUGAUCCCAUUUGGGUCGGGUCGUAGAGGGUGUCCAGGGAUGUCAAUGGGAGCUACAACGAUUGAGGUGGCUCUUUCAAACCUUCUUUACUCGUUUGAUUGGCAAGUGCCCGAGGCAAAAAUGGAGAUCGAUACGUUGAUGUCUCCUGGGACUGUCACACAUAAGAAAAAUGCGCUGCAGCUUGUUGCUAGUGUUUAGGAUUAUGGUUGCUAGAGUUGAAUCGUUUCGAACGAUUAGUUUGUUUAAUUGGUUUUUGAUCUAUGGUCAUACUUCGAGCCUUUGUAGUCAUUUUGUAAAUCUGGCUUUUCUCAUAUGCAAUUAUGUAAUUGGUCGAUUCAAGUGAAUUAUUAAGUCGUUUUGAGUCAUA